GUUCACUCAUUUUGGGCAGGUCUGUGACCAACGUGCAAGAUAAGAUAAGAUAAGAAUGAUCAAAAUUUCUAAAAUUUUCCUAAUUAACAAUACUUUGUUGAAAAGAUUUAUUUCUAUAAAACAACGGAAAUCUCUGGAGCAAGGCACUGACAAUGAUGAAAUUAUAGAUGAUGAAUUAAUUGAUGAAGAACAAGCCAAUGACCAUAAAAGGAAUAAAAUUUAUCGCCAUAAAAAAGCGUAUAGAAUACCUUCUCGAUUGCCAGAAUUGGUGACUUCCAUUGCUAAAUAUCAAAUUUAUCAUCUCUACAAUUUCAAACCAGAUACCUACGAUUUUCAUUUUUUCCUCAAUAAUUAUCCCAUCUUGGGUGCGGCCUCGAUAAACAGGAUAUUAAAAACUAAGCCCAGAAUCAGAAAUUUAAAGGAUAUCAAGGUGCAUGAUGACAAUGUUCUAAAGAAUUGGGCAAAUUUGAUUAAUGGUGAAUACGAUCAUUAUCCUUCUUUUUCUUUCAUAAAGCUAGAUCCAAACAAAAGUCCUUUAUAUAAACUUCAUUUCGCUAAUGGGAGAGCUGAUCUACCCUUCAACUUUGACAAUUUAUAUCAAGAUAAAACCUUUAUUAACCCAACUGAUGAUUUUAUUCUAGACGUUGAACACGCCAAUAAUAAAGCUACAAAAAAAAUUAAAAUGUCGCAAGAAAUAUUAGAUAAAGAAAUUUUAAAAAUUGACAAAGGUAAUGAUGAAGCUAAAAUGAAUUUGAAAGGCCUUAUAAAGAAUGAAAAAACCAGAAAUACGAUUAGAAAACGUGAAACAAAUUUUUUGAAUAUAUUACCGCCAUUAUCAAUCACAAAUUACAUAGAAGAACACAAACAUAAAAGGGAGAAUACGAUUGAAAAUAUGAAAAUUCAACUCAAUAAACAUUAUCAACAAAUAAACAUCGAACUAAAAAAAAUUUGGGAAACAGUCAUAAUUUAAUUUAUUUAUAUAAUUUUUAUUAAUAAUACAAAUUCAUAAUCGCCAGCAUUUAUUAUAUUUUUUAAAAAUAUUUAUUCCAAUACUUAUUGAUAGGGAAAAAUAGUUUGAAAUGUAAUUAAGUAUCCAUAGAUGGUAUAGGAUUAUCUUCAUCAUGCCAAUUAACUGACGAGGGAAAUGUUAGAAAAAUUAUGAAGAGAAGGGUGAUUAUUACGAUAGCGAAUAUAUAUUUUUUAUUGCUACUGCUCUUAAUCGUGUCCCUUUGUGGCGGUCGACCGAUCAUAAAACGUUGGUCUCCUCCGCUCUGCAAAUCUUGUACUUUCGAGGUUCUGCGGAACAUUAAAAAAAAUAUGUUAAAUGUAAAAAAAAAUUAUCGGCAUAUUAUAGUGCCUUAAUAUUUUUUGAAAUAUUUAUGACAAUAAAAUAAAUUCUAAUUAUUUCCAAGAAACUAAAAUUGGUUAAAAACCCUAAAGUUUCAGAAUAAUGUUAUUGUUAUAAAAUAAAUAUCUUUGGUAUAUUAA